ACCCUGGUGAGGAUAAGCGGUAGAAAAUGAAUGUUCUGUAAUGAGUUGGUGUUGGGGUUACACCUUGCAGGAGUCACCACCAGAGGUCUACAGAGAGCAACCGUCCGUCAGUCAGAUCUGAGGAAAAACGCAAUUUCCCGUGAGGCAUUGCGUCAACCUCCCGCCCCCCCUCCCAUCUCGCGCCUUCCCUCUUGUCUGUCCUCGUUCAAGCUGCUAGCCAUCGAUGUGUGUGUGUUGUUGUUGAAGCAAUGAUGGCGGCAGCGGGAUGCGGAUCAGCAACCGCGGCUGCCGGAGGAGGCCAAGGUGGAACCGCUACGGCCAGAGGUCGUUUCCCCGGUCGGCCUUGGUCAUCUCGCAGUCGUUUGCGCUCCGAGAAGCGGUGGCAACUCGGGCGAUCAGGCUUAGAAGGUGAUGAUGUGACUUACGGAGGGCCCAGGCCCGCAAACCUGGUUGUAUCGUUAAACGAAGACCAGUCUCACUUGCGCUUACUUGGAAUAGAGGCGAGCCACAAGACCCUUGGUCAGGCUGGAUACAGCUCUAGUGGGAGUGAAGAGGUGAGGUCCCAAAACGACUCAGGAGGUGAUGACUUCAGAGGUUUUGAAGCUGAAAGAAAAUGCUCUAAAGGAGUGAAAUCGUGUCGACAAAACCCUUCCAAAGGUAACGUCAAAACAAAAUCCAAACGACAAAUUGAAAAGAAGGUGCCACUUAUUACGCCAGCUGAGGAGGAAGCUGUUUGUCCACCCGAUCCUCUGAAAGAUGAAAAUUUGGCAGAGGUGAAGCGCACCGCAUCUCCCAAAUCAGAGACGGCCAAAGGUCCCAGGAAACGCUCUAAAGCCAAGAACACCUCAGACCAGGAGUUGACCAAAGGCGAGGCGUUGUCACUGGCGCCGAGGAUUACAAUAAAGUUGGUGGCUAAAAAGAAAACUAAAACUGUAAAGCAGCCUCGUGAAAAGUCUAUCAAGAAGAUGAAUGGAAAAGAAAUUGAGGAGCAGCCCCAAGUCGACACCAGUCAGGCCGAACACAUUUCCAGCGCUCAUGUCAAAUUAAAAGCUGAGGCGGCACAAGAUGAAGGUGCGGGGACUUUACCUGCGAGAAGACGUGGACGAUCUGCUUCAAAGGGAACAACAUCGCCCUGCCAGCCUGGUGCCAAAGUUGCUGCCGAGGACCAGAAAUCGGCUGAUCAAGCUGACACUGUUAUAGAGACUGUACAGUCAAUAACAAAGGCAAAGCAGUCAAGAUUUAAAGAAGCCAAUCAGAAAGUGAUUCGGAGAAGCAAUAGGGUCACCAACCCGCUCUCAAAACCUGUCUCGACCGGUGCUGCUGAACCAGAAAAUCCCAUCAAAAGUGAAUCCACUGUUGACACAAAGUCAAAAGUGUCCAGAAAUGUUGAUUCCAAACCACUGAGGAGAAGAGGUGGAUGGAGGCAAAGUAAGAGGCGAAACAAGAAGGUUUCAGUGCCGGAUAACCAUUCUCCAUCUUUCACGCAGACUGAUGAUUCAGCGUUGCAACCCAGUGACAGGUCACCUUCCAACGAGGAAGCGAGGGUCCCGAGUUUGAAGUUGAUAAAAAUCAAAAAUCCCAAAUAUGAUGCACACUCCAGCGGGAAGCAUUCAACUCGAAAAAAGAAGCGAAAAAAAUUCAUCUGGACUUUACCGUUAGUUAAGUCAGGACUACAGACCCAGCCUGCUCCUCCCGAAAGCACCGUCAAACCGAGAGAGAAGAGGGGACAUGAAGUGGAUCUGCCCACUCCGUGUGAGAGUAUUGCAGACACCAAUUUGACAGGCGUGGAGCACAUUUCACAAGUGGAUAACUCUGCUCCACAAGAGAGUAAUUCAACAGACAGCAGUGAGAAAGACAGCCAAAAAGAAGCUGAUAUCACCAGUGAGAAAAAGUCCAUGUUGCAAGUGGAAGUUACAGCAGGAGGCGAAAAUGAAAGUUGUCAUCAAGAAGUCAAACAUUCCGAUUGCGGGAAAGUCCCACCUCUUCAAAUAAAAAAACUCUCCUCUCCUGGCAAACAUAAAAAAUCCAAGGCAUCCUUUUUGGUUCAGCAAGUCAGCCCUGUGCCUGAAAAGAAAGACGAUGCUCUUAAAGAAGAUCAAGUCCAAGAGGAAAAAGUCCCCUCUCCGGAUGCGGAGGUCCAGCCCACCAGGAGACUUCGGAGGAGAAUGGCAAGCCUUGAAUCGCCUCAAAAGCCUGACAGCUGUAAACCUGUGAAGACUCCGGUAAGGCGGCGGGCGAGAACGAGUCCACGGACGGGAAAAAACCCUCAGAUUGAAGUUGAUGUUCCUGCUCAGGUUUUAAUACAAGAAUCCACUGCACCCGCUCUUCCUGAAAUGUCUUCGCAGGAAACUAGCAUUAACACCUCUGACAUUCCCGACGAGAACUCUGCAGUGAUAACAGAUGAUCCUUUACCGGUGCCUGCUGACGUGUCUCCGCAGAAAACAACAGAAAAUGAGCCUGACCUACAAAUGAAGGAGGCCAAACCGAUGUCUGUGCCUUCGAAACGUAGGAAAUACCGAAAUAAUACAUUUGGGAAAAAGAGGUCGUAUAAAAAGAAGAAGACUGCUGUUUCUCAACAAAGCACUGUUGAUGCAGAGUUGCCCACUGUUGAGUCUGCCGACGCAGAGUCCGUCCUUCAGGAUGAGAGUCAAGCUUCAGCUACAGAAACAAGUCUGCCCGAGGCCGUGAACGAAAGCGUCCAACCCGAGGCCACGGAAGAAAGCACCCUGCCUGAGGUCAGUGUAUUAGCGGAGGAAGAGCCGAUACAAGCGCCAGUAAAAGAGGAAACAGACAUUCAGUUAAUAGAUUGUCAGCAGUCGUUGCCUUUGGAAAGUCAAGCAAGCGAUCCAAAUACAUUAUGCUCAGCGAAGAAAUCCCGUAAAAAAUUCAAAAAGAAGCGCAGAACUUUAAUUGGUCAGCGUCAGAAGCACAGAUCCCGGAACAAAGAAGGAAAGUUUGCGCCGCUCAAAUCGCCCAAAAAUCAGGAAACAACUGAAGAAGAUGGAGACAUUUCCAUUCAAUCAGAAGUCAGCGCUCCCUCCCCAGGUACAAAACUCGUUGGCGUGCAUAAAAGGUAUAAAAAGAGACCUUCUGGCCUUCAUCUACACUCUAAAAGACCAGAGUCCAUUCUUUCUACACUGAUAGAAAUCGGGCUUGACAAAGACAGCGAUAGUUUGAAACAGGAAGAAACGGACUCAAUAGUGGAUGGCUCACGAACUGACGCUGCCGACCAGCCGCCCGGAAAAACAAAGUUUGUGAAAAACAUCAAACACUUCAUAAUGCCUGUUGUAAGUGCUAGAUCCUCUCGAGUGAUCAAGACCCCGCAGCGAUUUAUGGAUGACGUCGGAAUGUCUGUGUUGCCGCGGAGAAACUCGCCAAAAAAAGGUUUGCAACUGGGUUUGCAAAUUCGCACUGGAAAGAGGCGAGACGACGGUCCGGUCCGAGCCAUCUCCCCCAUCCUACCCGUCGACGAGGAAGACAUAUUAAGAGAAGCUCAGCUGGAUCUGGAUCUGUUUUCAUCAGAUGAUCUGGACGACACCGCUGACAUAACGGACCUCUUUUCCGACACAAAAAGCAUCAAAGGGCAAAAGAAGAGCUCUUUUCAGAAGAAUUCCAGUUUCAAGUGGGAUCUGCCUCCGGAGUUGACUGAGGAAAUUUUUACACUGGACAAAACUCCAGAGGACAAAUGUGAGGAUCUUUUCUUAUCUUCGCCAGUUGACAAACCCAGAGAAUGUCUAUCCGUUGGGCUUUUGGACGCUCAAAAAAAGAAAUCACCCCUUCGCUUGAACAAGCAAGCGGCACACUUUAAGAUUUAUCAAAGAUUGAACAAAUUGCACAAAGGACUUCCUCUGAGCAAGACCGCAGCCGAAAUGGAAGGCGCAAGCAAAUUUCUUCAGCCACCUGUCGAUUUAGCCGAAGGACUGGACGAUGAGGCUAUGAGCAUUAGCCUGAGGCAACGCAGCACAGACACUGUGAAGGAAAAAUCCAAACUCAAAAUAGAAGACAUUGACUCACCUGGGGUUGUGAGAAAAGUUUGUAUAAAAGCUACAAAGUCUAGGUUACUUGCCUUUCAGAGUGCUGAUAAAGAGGAUUCGGUCGCCAAUGACAACAACGUCAAGCUUCACUCAGGUGAAGACAACCAUCCCGCAUCAAUCGGGAAAGGAGCUUCACAGAGGGUGCGGGUUACUGGUGCCAAUAAAAGAAUGCUCAACCUGCUCAGGAAAGCCAAAGCCCAGCUCAUGAAAAUUGACCAGCAGAAACAAAUGAAGUCGUCUGGGCUGUUAUCAGGGCCAACUGGUGUCCGAUCGAGAAACUUGACCUCGAAAAGACAAAGGAGGAAGCAGAGGGUGCAGCUUGAUACCGAUGUUCCAAUCAAGACAGAGCCACCUCAAGGACAACCCCAGCUCAUCUCUCCGCUGUGCCAAGAGUUCCGUCAAGCAGGAGGUCCACGCAUCAAGCACGUUUGCCGAGCCGCUUCUGUGGUGCUUGGACAGCCUCGGGCCUUGGUACCAGAUGACAUUCCCAGGCUUAGCGCUCUGCCUCUGCACGAAAGAACGGGCAUCUCUCCUUCAGCUGUCGCAAACGAUGUUGCAGAUGGCUCUCCUUCAGAAUCAGACAAUCCUGACUUCUCAGACUUAAAAGUCACGAAGGUCAAGAAGGCUUCGAGUUUUGUGAAACGAAAAGGACUCGGGCCAUUCGGAUACCGCUCUCGGAGGUGUGGCGUAUGCAAAGGCUGCAACCAUGAGGACGAUUGCGGGACGUGCAUCAAUUGCCUUGACAAACCCAAGUUUGGUGGUCCCAACACCAAACGACAGUGUUGCGUGUACAAGAGAUGUGAUCAGAUUGAAGAGAGGAAGGCACGACGACUAAGUGGGAGAACAACACCCAAAGGUUCAAAACGACGGAGACCCCCUUUCAGCGGCGGGCAUUCAAGCAAUGAUGAAGGGAUGGAGGGUGCUGUCGACUCGCCGUCUGCUCUCCAAGGUGACAGUCCAUCUGUGAGGAAGCAGCCAAAGCGUGUCGUGAAACCACGUGUCUACUUUGACCUAAUGGACUACGAUUCAGAUCUGGAUGAAAAGACGCUUAGCUCAGCAUCACCAGCUAAGAGAAGGGGCAAUGGAACUCGUUUGAGUCCAGACUUUGUUUCACUAGACGGACUCCUUGGAGAUAUAUCGGAUGAUGAGACCCGGCAUCGAAAAUCCAGUUCACACCGUGUGCCAUCUGUUCGACGUAAACCCGAUAAGGGUAUGUCAUCCCAGACACCUUUUGAGGAGACUCCACCAAGUGUCCUAGCUGCCCUGGCUAACGGAUUUGAGCAGAGAGCUGUUGAACCUUCGAAACCCACCCAUAAAAUACGGGUUGACUUCAAGGAGGACUGUACUUUGGAAAAUGUGUGGAACAUGGGUGGCUUAAGUAUCUUGACCUCCGCACCCAACAUGCCACCGUAUGUGUGCCUCCUUUGUGCCAGUAAAGGACAACAUGAGAUGUUGCAUUGCCAAGUUUGCUGUGAGCCCUUUCACUGGUUUUGCCUUGAAGAGGCAGAGCGCCCCUCAGUGGAAAAUCAGGAAAACUGGUGCUGUCGUCACUGCAAGUUUUGCCACGUGUGUGGCAGGAAAAACAAGCCAUCAAAGCCGUUGUUGGAGUGUGAAAGAUGUCAGAAUUGCUAUCACGCUUCCUGUCUCGGACCAAAUUAUCCAAAACAAAACAAGAAGAGGAAGGCUUGGGUUUGUAUGACAUGCAUCAGGUGUAAGAGUUGUGGGGUCACGCCAGGGAAGAGCUGGGACAUAGACUGGAAUCAGGAUAAAGGACUUUGUCCAGACUGUUCAAAUCUCUAUGAACAGGGUAACUAUUGCCCAAUCUGCUUCAAGUGCUAUGAGGACAAUGACUAUGACAGUCAGAUGAUGCAGUGUGGCACAUGUAACCACUGGGUGCAUGCCAAGUGUGAGGAUCUAACAGAUGAACUGUAUGAAAUCCUGUCCAGUCUACCAGAGAGUGUGGUGUAUUCGUGUCGGCCCUGCAGUGUGACUCAGCCCAGCGCCUGGAGAGAACUGCUCUACAUCGAGCUUCGAUCUGGGGUGGAGAAAGUUCUCGCCUGCUUGCUGUCUUCCACCCUCACCCAGCAUCUUGUUACCUGCUCACAGUGUGAAAAGGCAGUGGCCCCUGACAGUGGAAUAGAAGGCCGACCAGCUUGUGACCUCCGAGCUGUAGGCAAGAAGUUCGACAAGGGCCUUUAUACCACGUUGAAAAUGUUCCAUGACGAUGUGGUGCAAGUGAUAAGAAACCAGCUUGAACAGGAGCAAGACCUCCCAGAAGAGGAAAAACCCACUGCGCUGGCACGCUCAUACUAUUUAAAGCUACUUGAAGAAGUCUUCAAUUGGUUCAACAGUCAAGACCCAAAAGUGUGGAACCCCCGUACCAAAGAACUGCCCAUCGGGAUGCUGUCACAUGCUGUCCAUCCUCCGACCAAUGAGCAUGUUUAUGCCCAGUGGCAAGAGAGGGAAGCUCUCCUAUCAAGAACCCCACUGGAACAUCUACAGGAUGAUAACAGACAGAAUUCGGUGGAAAAAAAAGAAGAGGUGACUGCUCCAAUGCCUGCAGAGGCAGCAGGCUGGAACCACAUCAAAAACAGCAGGGACUUCAGGCUCAAAUUGAAAGGGAAACGAGGACGACCCCAAAAAGCAGCUAUAGACACUGGCUGGUCAAAGGAUGACGAGAGACAGUGCUCCUUGUGCCAGAAAUAUGGAGAACGAAAACCUAACGACGCUGGUAGGUUGUUGUACCUGGGCCAGAACGAGUGGGCACAUGUCAACUGCUGCCUUUGGUCAGCAGAGGUGUUUGAAGAGGACGAUGGCUCUCUACUACAUGUGCACAGUGCUGUCACAAGGGGUCGCUUAAUGCGAUGUGAACGUUGCAACCAGACAGGCGCCACAGUAGGCUGCUGCUUGACGUCUUGUCAAAGCAACUAUCACUUCAUGUGUGCCCGCUCCCGCCACUGUGUGUUCCAGGACGAUAAGAAGGUCUACUGCCACAAACACAAACAUCUAAUCAGUGGAAAGGUCAUCACCGGUCAAGAGUUUGAAGUCAAGCGACGAGUGUUUGUGGAUUUCGAGGGCAUCAGCCUCCGCAGGAAGUUCUUAACUGGCCUGGAGCCCGAGUUAAUAAAUGUCAUGAUUGGUUCAGUCAAGAUUGGUAAACUUGGUGUCCUGUCAGAACUUUCAGCCAACCAAGGAAAGUUGUUUCCUGUGGGAUUUCAGUGUUCGCGCUGGUACUGGAGCACAGUCAAUCCGGUGCAAAAAUGCAAAUACACAUGCACAAUCCGAGAAGUCCAACCUUUAAUACCAGAGAAACCCGACGAGGAAAUGCCUGACCAAGGAGAUAAUCACACCAUCGAGCACAACCCCUGUCCGUUGCCAGAAUCUGUGAACCAAGACACGGAUGCAUCAGAAUCACAUCCACAGCCCGAGGAACUGCCUAUCAGAGUUCCGUCCUCAAAACCGGACCACGGGACAAAGCCAAAAAUUCCCAGCUAUCCGCAAACCAGGAGACCAGCUGGAGGAAUGUUCCGACCUUUGCCAUCGCCAGGAGCAAUCCUAACAAAACCUCACCACAUACUAACUGUUAGUGAUCUGGAAGAGACCCGGAGGGCUCGGCGCCACAACCCCCACCCACAGCCAACAGGCCUACGCAGUAACAUGGCUCCUACUCUGGGCCCCCCGACUGGACCGGUUACUCUCCGUGCAGGGAAAGCUUCCGUUCCAACUUCCCCGCUAUUCCCAAGUGCUGGUUCAGACACCCUGAUGAAUUCGAUACAAGCCCGCCCGGGUGGGGGCAGAAGUGCUUCCUCAGUUCGUUGCUCUGGUACCACGAAGACCCAUUGUGCCUCAUCGUUCUUUCCUCAGUCUCCCUGGCAGGACAGUACAGGAACAUACGCACCUUCAAGUCUGUCUUUGUCCUCAUCAAUGCAGAAUUUACCCAGGUCUCGAUUGUCUUUCGAUCUGAGCCAGUCGGAUUCUGUUGAGGUACCGCACAACUUCUUAGCUUCUCCAGAGCCGGAAGAUGUCUCUCCAGCAAAUGGCAGUUCACCCCAGGGUGGCGAACAGAAGGAUGAAGAGGAAUUUCCUUACAGUCCAUUCCACAAGGAUUCCAGUGUGGUUGUAGGGGAGGAGAUUGAAGAGACGCUCCUGAAUGAAGUUGUGGCCAUGAACUGCGGUGGACAAAUAGUGGUGGAAGGGGAUGACCAAGAGGAAUUCUGGGGAAGAACCCAAGAAGUACAGAAAAGAAAGCCCCUUGUCGCAAGUCUGCCACGGUCAGCCGCCUCAGGCAGGAAUGACUUGGGGAAUGCCUCUUCUGAUGAUGAUCUGGAGCAUUAUUUUGACUUCUCGCGCACUAUUGUUAGCUGCCCCGGGUCUAAAGAUCAUUCCAAGUCUCCCACAUCUGCUUCCUCACGGAACAUGGCUCAACUUGAUGGUGUGGAUGACGGAACAGAGAGUGAUGCAAGCGUCUCUCCGAUUGAUGAUCCUCAGAAAGUUGGAGCUUCCGGUAAAACUGUCAUUCCAGCCAAGAACAUUACCAACAGUGAGGUGCCCGAAAUUCAGAAUCAGACCCCCAUAGUGUCACCCAAUGACACGCGCAAAGAUUCCUCUCUGAACACCAUAUCUGCAGUGCAUAACCCCGUUGGCACACUUCAUAUUUUUCCAGGAUCCUCUACAGAGAUCAGCACUGGAUUGGGCACACAGCAAGAAAAUGUGCUUCCUACCCCGAAGGGGCCCCCCAACUUACUGACAAAGGUGCCUGAAAAGGUUUUACAGAGUUCCUGUCAAGAACCUGCCUCUGGAAUACCAAUUGUUUGUGAGCCAAAUGACUCCACGCCACAACAGGCUGAACCAUCGACCCCCCUAAAACCUGACAGCAGCCACAUAGUGUCUUCAACUGAGGCCUGUACUGUGAUAGUUAAUCACCAAAAAGGUAAUUCGCUAUCAGAUUCACCUGACAAUACCCAGGCCGCUGUGCUGGAUCUUCAAUCCGCCCCCAUAACAUCGACAGAUGUACAGUGCCCGUCUCAUGGACUUUCAGAAUCUGUGCAGAUGCAUCCAUGUUGUCCUGGUGCGACCCAGCCUGCACUCUCGAGUAUUACACUACAGCCAGUGACCUCGUCACAGGAAUCAGCCUCUCCGCAAAUGGAAACUUUGUCUACCAAACUAACCACUCUAACUCCAGUUGGGGAUCCGACACAGACCCGGAUAAAUGAGUCACCCCAAAAUGAUCCAUUGCUACCAGGAACCUGUGUCCAAGCAGAAACCUCUGGUACCAUCUCAGUAGUACCCAUGCACUCCACACAAACACAGCCAUUGCGUUCAACAGCGGUCACCAUUGUUUCGUCCUCUGCCUCUGUUUCUUUCCCUCCUGGGCUGACUGCAAAUGUUCCGUCUUCAGUCCAAACCGCCUCAGUCAUGUUAAAUGGCUACAACACUUCUUCCACGCAGAAGGACGCGUCAUCCGGUCACACAAUCUCAAUCAACUUUGCCACACCAAGGCCCACUUCAGAACCUCAGCAGCCCGUCUUAUCACAGGCUCUGCCUGGCCAUGCCAUACUUACUGUGAAGGAAGUGGGAGGUCCGAAUGUCGACCCGACACCGCACGUCUUGUUGGUGAACCGUCUCGGUCAGAUCUUUGUGAAGAACCCAGAGAGCAACACAUUCCAGCUGCCAAAUCCAAAUUCCCCGUCCUUUAACUGCGUCACUCAGAUUGCCAGUCUUUUGCAAAGCAAUGCACUGUCAGCCACGUUAGCAGCAGCUGGUAGCAUGUCUUCUCCACCGCCUGCUACCAGCGUGAUGUCAACCACAUCCGGGAUGGCUUCCCCCGCAGAUCAGAAUCCCGCCAUAAUUACACAGCUGCUUACUCACAAUACCAACGGGGCAUUGUCAUCGGCUGACUCGAAAAAGCCAAGAAAGACUGCAAAAACACCCAAAGAUGAUACCACUCCGGAAAAGAAAAAGCCAAAGAAAAAGAAAGAGUCCACUGCAUCGAAAAAAUCGAAGUCAUCCAAGACUGUUGGGCAGUCUACUUUGUCACCUGACAAUUCUGACAUAUCUCCUGCAGAGAGCGCCGAAGCGAUUAUCAACCAAGCAAUGGCAAGCAACUACACCCCAAAGCGGGGCGGGCUUCGGACACUCAGCCCCUCCUCGUUGGUUUUGCCCCCUGGCCUACUCAUUGAACCUGAGCCUCCAGCACCAUGUCCCAAACCUGCACCUACCCCCUCUUCCCGCCCUCGCACCCAUGUCCGCAUGAAGAGAGUAUCUUCGCUUUCAGACCGGAUUGUCACCAAGAAGUCUAAAGUGGAUUUCAUUCCUUCUGAACCCACCAGCGAGGAGGAGAGCAUCCGACCAAACUUUCCAAGUGUGUCCAGCAGGGCUUCUGGAGUUCGUAUUAAGACCCCAACUGUCAAAGGAGUACUCAACCUGGAUGAACUAAAGCAAGAGCAUCCAAGUGAUUCUGACAGCUCAGAGUUUGAAAAGUGGGACACUCUGUCUCGAGGUGAACAUGGCAAGCAGCAUGCUUGGGAGCCAGUGGGACACAGCAGUCUUAUUGACUGGAAGAAAUACUCUGAUGAUGAAUCACCAAUGUCGGCUGAUGACGAAGAAUGUUUGCCAAACAAAGAUCAGCCACACUUGCGAUUCCAGAUAAGCAGCGAUGAUGGCUUCAGUGUGGAGGCAGACAGUAUUGAGGUGGCUUGGAAAGCGGUGAUAGAUGGGGUACAGGAAGCACGAGCAAUCGCAAAGCUGAGACCUCUGGCUUUUCAGAGGAUGACCGGUGCCCGAAUGCUUGGUUUGGUCCAUGAUGCCGUGGUCUUCUUGCUGGAGCAACUUCAAGGAGCACACCGCUGUCAACAUCACUCGUUCCGUUUCUUCAAACAGUUCAGCCAGGAAGAUGACUUGCCUGUCAAUUCCACCGGCUGCGCCCGCUCCGAGCAGUACCUAAGGAAGUCUACAUUUGACAUGUUCAACUUCCUGGCGUCUCAGCAUCGGCAGCUUCCUGACAUUGGGCCUUAUGACGAUGAAGAAGAUGAUGUUCUUUUGAAGUCCACAAGACGGGCCACCAGUUUGGAGUUGCCCAUGGCUAUGCGAUUUAGACACUUGGAAAGGACGUCAAAGGAAGCGGUCGGCGUGUACAGAUCCGCUAUCCAUGGGCGCGGACUCUUCUGCAAGAGGAACAUCGAAGCAGGCGAGAUGGUGAUUGAGUAUGCUGGCACUGUCAUUCGCGCAGUGCUCACUGACAAACGAGAGAAGUACUACGACGGCAAGGGUAUCGGCUGUUACAUGUUCCGCAUUGAUGAUUUUGAUGUGGUGGAUGCGACCAUGCACGGCAACGCGGCCCGAUUCAUCAACCACUCGUGUGAGCCCAACUGCUACUCGCGAGUCAUCAACGUGGAGGGCCGCAAGCAUAUCGUCAUCUUUGCUUUGAGGAAGAUCUACAGGGGAGAGGAACUGACGUACGAUUACAAGUUCCCUAUUGAGGACGCCAGCAACAAGCUCAACUGUAACUGCGGGGCUCGCCGAUGUCGACGCUUCCUCAACUGAGAGGUCACCCGUUUAAAGCGGAGUGGUGGUGUUGUUAACAAGAGAGCCUUAAAUUUAAGGUUACACUGGAUGGAGCACUAAAAUAUGGAAGGCACUCAGCAUAGGAAUUAGCCACUAUGGAGACUAGUUGACAGCGCUCUAUGUGCAUGGAACCCGGAAGAGGAGUGUUUAAAAGUUUCCUCUUAAGGCCGCCUUGUCAUACAAAGCUGCUCCAGCAGUGUCACCACAUGAGAGAACACAAGAAAUUUCCGAAGCAGUACGAUGUUUGGGAAGGGGGCUCCUGACCCCCAACCGCAUUUCUUCAACACACAAGCCUUAUCUGUUAAAAUCAACGCUGAAAAACCUUCGAUUCAGCUUUGACCGUUUUCUAAUGUUUUAGUCAUUUCCGGAGGGAGGGGGGGUCGUCUCUCUUUUAGAACCUGUGUAAUCACGUUAGCUCCAUCCUCGAGAGAAGGGAAUGUUAUUACCCCAUCUGUGUUGUUGUGAGGUCAGUUCUUGAGCCAUAUAUUCAGCCCAAAUCAUACAAUUAUGCUUCUCUUAUCACAGAUAAUUUUUUUUUAAUUGUUUAUAAUUUUUUCCAGAAUAAGAAGACAACCAUGGUGCUAAGCAUUGAAGGCUAUUUGAUUGCGAUGUCCUAAAAGAGCCCUACAGAAGACAUUUUUCGGACACAUUUUUUUAGUCAUCACCAUCUGUUUUGAGUUCAAAUUUGAAACCAAACAGCCCAAAAUAUUUUAUUUUUUUUGCUGUAUACAAUAUGUAGCAAGCACUACCCAUACCAAAAGUCAAGUGUGAUGAAUCUCAAUUUUUUAACGAUAACGUUUUAUCCCGCUCAUGGUUGCAACUAAAUUCCAAUAAGUCUCUGCGACCCCUGUGUAAAUUCUCAUUUGGCAAAUUUCCUGCAACUGCUGAUUUGUAAAUCAGGGAGAGUGCUGGUUUAAAUUGCCACUGAGUGUGUGCAUUCAGCUUUUGCAGCGGGCUUGUUGUGAACUUGGUGCACCCCCCCCCCCCCCCCCCCCCCCCCCAUCCCCUUUUUCCUAACGCAGCACUCGGAUCACAACAAGCCAGCGUAAGUCAAAACGGGGCUAGAGACGAUGCGCUCGGCACCUUAAUUAUAUUGAAAUGUUGUUCUUAGUCGAUGUUCAGUACUGUCAUUAAUAACGUUAAUUGAAUUCACACUGUUGGGAAUUGAGUUGUGAUAUUUAUUCGCGUAUUGGAGUUACUUUUAUUGGUGAGAGCUUGCUGUUUGUGUAAACGGUGGUGGAUGUACAGCUCCAUUGGUAGUGCCCUUUUCUUGUUUUGUUUACAAGUGAUGUCCUUUGUUUCACUAAUUUACUUGAAUUUUCCUUUUGAGGCAAUCGCGUCAUACAUUUAUGGCCUUUUUUUUGUUUUUGUUUGUUUUGACCGAAAUUGUUUUUCGAACCAGGUAUUUUUAAAGAAUAUUUUUUUAUUUAAUUUUAUUUUUUUUGUUGUCACGGUAAAUAACUGACGGUCUUAGAAUAAGCCACAGAAGUCAAAAGCGAGCACUGUUUGCCUCUUUAAACUUUUCCCUCCCCCAACCCCUGUACCUUAUUUUUCCAAGCGUAUUUCCAAUGGGGUCAUGUUUGUGUGUGUUUAGCUUUUGAGUCCUUUCAUUUUGCAUGUCCAAUCACUGGGAUGGAGCCCAGAUUAUUGAGUGUCAAUCACCUGGCUGACAAAAAAAAAACAAAACAAGAGUCACUCCCAACUCAUUGCAAGGAUUCUACCUCAGCUGUUUAGACAGAUGUUUGGGAAUACUGAUGCAAAAACAGAGGAUAACUCGGUUUUAAUGUCUACAGAGCUGGUGUGUGUUUGUGGGUGCGUCUGUUUGUGUUGUUUUAGGUCUGUAUGUGUGUGUGUGUGUGUUUGCAAUGAAGGAUGCAAAGCUCUAGUUAAACCUGUUAAAAAAAAAAAAAAAAAGAAAAAACAUGUUCAUCUCACCCAGAAUCUGUUCAUAAAGCUAUGUUAUAUUAUACACACAAAUAUAUAAAUAUAUAUAGUAGGGUUAUUUUAAGGUAAGUGUAAAAGACAAAAAUGAGAAAAUAUGUUAUCUUGUCUUUGUUACCAUGUACAAAUAAACCCUGAGUUUGUAAAUAUUUGUAUACGUAUUUCUAAGCCGGUUUAAUUUUUCUAUGCACUUUUUUUAUUUAUAAUGUUAUUUGUUUAAAUAAAGAUGUUUCAUCACAUGUUGUAUGUACAUAAUGUACGUAUUUUUUUUUGUUUUGGUUUUUUGGAAUAAUGUGUGAUUUCAAGUCAUGUUAAAUGCAGUAGCAUAUAUACUGUACAGUUGAACCUCCAAAGUUGAAUGAGGCUGGUUGACUUUUUUCCUGUAGAAAAUAAUUUUAAAGGAAGUAUCUGAUGCGUUCUCAAACUGUUAUAAAACCUUUAUUAACAAAAUGGCCAUUGUUUUUUAUUUUUUUAUAUAUGUAUGUCAUAGACUUCCACAACUGCUGUUUAAUAAUAUUACAUGUAA